CUUGUAAACAUUUUUAAACCCACGGUCCUUCGGAAAUUCAUUCAGUUUCAGAGGUUGAUCGACACAGAUCACUACUGUUAAAUUUCGUUUGUACAAAUAAACUUUCGAUUGAAAAUGAAGUUCACUGAAAAGCAAUCCGUCAGCAUCCUGGAUCCUUCUGAAAUUUUUCGUCCAGAUAUAGCCUCUUAUGCGGAUAAAGAUGUUAAAGAUUUUCGCAUCUAUACCGUCGACGAAAAUGAUCCAAUAAAGGAUCGCGUUUUUCAAACAUACAAGGCAAUGCACACAAAUCAGACAGUUGAUUUUGUCCAAGGUCGUCAUAAAGUGUGGUGUCAAUUCAACCAUUUCACAGCAACAAUCCGCGAAGCUUUAGAAAAACUCAAUGAAUUAGUUGAUGAAUCUGAUCCCGAUAUAUCUCUACCAAAUAUAUUUCAUGCUUUUCAAACUGCUGAACGAGCACGUGCUGAAUAUCCCCAAUACGACUGGCUUCAUCUCACCGGCCUUAUUCAUGAUUUGGGCAAAGUGAUGGCUUUUUAUGAUGAACCACAAUGGGCUGUUGUAGGCGACACGUUCCCAGUUGGAUGUGAAUGGGCUAAAAGUAUUGUAUUUCGCAAUGAAACUUUUGAAGAAAAUCCGGACGGAAAAAAUCCGCAAUAUAGUACAAAACUUGGGAUUUACGCUGAAAAAUGUGGAAUUGAACAGCUGAUGAUGUCAUGGGGCCAUGAUGAAUACCUUUAUCGGUGUCUAACACAUAACAAAAGUACAUUACCGAAAGAAGCAUUACAAAUUAUUCGUUACCAUUCAUUUUAUCCAUGGCACACCGACGGUGAUUAUAAACAUUUCGAAAUAGAAUCUGACGAAAAUAUUAAGAACUGGGUUAACACUUUCAAUCGGUACGAUCUUUAUACAAAAUCAGAAAAGGUGCCCAAUAUUGAUGAGCUCUGGCCUUAUUAUCAAUCUUUGAUUGAUAAAUACUGCCCUGGCACAUUGGAAUUUUAAACAUUUAUUUUUGUUGUUUUACAAUUAAGUUUCACUGUUUUUUUGCGAAUUUAUUAUGUCCCCUUGAGAGAAAUUAUCAAAAGUAGAUUAUUCACCUGCAAUAUUAUACAAGAUAUUAUAUAAUCUUUAACCUUUAUAAUCAUUAUAUUUUCAAAUGGACUAG